AUGUCCAACGGCGACUUCGAGAGACUGGAGCUGCUGCGACAUAUCCUGAAUGUUUGCAGCCAGGAGCCGUCCUGCAACGCCUCACAGCUGCUGCUGCUGCACAACAUCAGCUCCUACACAGGACUGCAGCUGGCGGGCGACGGGUCCCCCUGGCUCAGGGUCCUGAUCUCUGUGGUCUACUUGCUGGUGGCCACAGCCGGGGUGGUGGGCAACGUGUUGGUGAUGUUCCUGCUCUACUCCACUCGCACCGUCACCAGCGGCACCGUCAAUUUCUUCGUCUUCAACCUGGCUCUGGCCCACCUGCUCUUUUCGCUGGCCUUACCCUUCUGGGCCGUGGACAUGGCGCUGGACUACAGCUGGCCCUUCGGCGUGGCCGCGUGCAAGGCGGUGUCCUUGCUCACCGGCCUCAACGUGUUCGCCAGUUGCUUUUUCCUGACCGCCAUGAGCUUGACCCGGUACUGCUACGUGGCCACGGCGCUCAAGCCCGGUGCGUCCCUGUGCACCCGCCCCUGCACCUCCCCCGUGGUCACCGCCUUCAUCUGGGCCGGGGCUCUCAUCGCGGCGGCGCCGAGAGGCGUGUUUGCGGACCUGAGCCGCGUGGACAUUAGCAACGACACCGCCUGCCUGCUCCGUUUCCCAGACGGCACGGCCUGGCUGGGGAUAAACCAGCUCCUCCGGGUGGUCCUGGGGUUCCUGCUGCCAUACGCCACCAUCAUCCUCUCCUAUCUGCUCCUGCUGCGAUUCCUCUGCCGCCACAAACUGAAGGGCGGAAACUCUCGCCGGAAGGCCGACGUCUCUAAGUCGGUGGCGGUGGUGGUCCUGUCCUUCUGCGCCUGCUGGUUCCCGUACAACAUCCUGACGCUGUGGAGCGGCCUCAUCCAACUGGACGUGGUGGACAUCAGCCCCGCCUUCUACGCGGCGCAGACCUUCUUUUUCCCGCUGGCCAACUGCUUGGCGUUCACCAGCAGCUGCUUCAACCCCAUCAUCUACUGCCUGGUGCGCAAGGAGUACCGGGCGGCUCUUCGCAACGUCUUCUUCAAGCUGAGCCUGGCCGUCAUGUCCAAGAUGCCCUACGCCGCCAACGAGGGGUCGGAACCAGCCGGACAACUGUCCAUUCCUCUCAGCAACGUGCCAAGUCGGACCAGCCAGUCGGACUCCAGAAGAUACGUGCCACUGUCAACGCUCCCCACGGUCGUCUCCACCGUAUAA